AUGUACAUUCCACGGAAACGCUCGAUCGACCACAAGAACAGCAUCUUCAUCAUCGUUUUUGUGGUGAUAGUUUUCGUUCUCGCUCUAUGCGCGCUGGGUUUUUUCCUGGCCCGACACCUUCGUCAACGGCACUUUGAGCCGAAGUAUAUUCCCGGGAAGUAUCUCAAACGCAAAUGGAAACAAUGGCAUCCCGGAAGUGCCUCUUAUGGCCAAGUUCCAAGCCAAGGAGCAGCCAAUAGAGAACAGGACACAGCAUACCAGGGCGCAGGAGCCACGAACCCAGAAAUGACGACCACCGCUGGUGUGCAGCGUGAGACCUCGAUUCGAUCGAUCAUUACUCUACCCGCAUACUCGCCGAGUCCGAAGCCGACCGAGCAAAUCAUCGGACGAGAAGGAGAGCGCGAAGGCAUGGAUAUGGUGGUCGAAUUCCCCGAAACGUCGGAAGAGCAAGAGGCUCGUCGCGAGGACCAAAUGGAGUCAUUGUACCAAAUUCGCCUACAGCGUCGGCAAGAACUUGCCGAUCGGGAGGCCCGACGCCAAGAGCGACGGUCAGCACGAGCUCGUGGCGACUCAGUCCGUCUUGAAGAGCUUGCCGCUGAAUCUCGCGCUCGCAGCACUCGUCGUCACCAGCCAAGUUCCAGCAACACCUCGCUAAGUGCCGCUACCGCCAUCGCCGAACACCAAUCCCGGGAGCGGGACCGGCGAAUCUCCAGUGUCAGCUACGCUUCUAUCGGCCACGUUCGCCAUGAUGGAUCCCGCCUACGGGCGGAUUCCCACGAAUCCGACCAUCAGCCUCUGCUGGAGAAUGCCGCUGUGAACGCAUCGUCGCCAUCGUUGACGGACCGGCAAUCUACCAGCUACCGCUCCCGCGUUGAGUCCUUAGCAUCAUCAAUUAUGACCACUGACACGGGCGGAACUGACUCUGAUCCACUUAUCCUGGGUCCGACGUCUACACGCGGGUCUAGUCGCCCAGUGUCACAAGCGGAGGAGGACCUCGGAACCCUUAAUAUACAGCCACCCCCUGAAUACGAGCAUCUCGACUGGGGCGAUGCACCCGCGUACGAAAGCCCAACCCGGGGGCGCACUGACGAACCUCGUCAGCUAUCAUCGGUGUUGACUACACUGCCAUCUAUUCACGUCGACGUCGCUAGCCCCAUCGCAGUAACUCCAGUAACCCCCACCGAGCCCCGUCAUCCAGAGUCAGAAGAUGAACACGACACUACUCCCCGGGGUCCUAUACGUACUUCCGUUGUUUCAGAAGUUGAUUCUGGAUCCACAUCAGAACAUACCCCUGUCUCAUGA